AAGACUUUGAUAUCAUAAUUAUUGUUCUAAAGUUCAUUUUAUUUUCAUUUAUUGUUGUGGUGAACAUUUAGAGCGGCGACGUGGGUUUCCAUCAGCCUGUUCUUAAGUUUCUGGGUGACUAUUUUAGUACCCGUACUAUGACAGACGGACUGACGGUCUGUCCACGUCAAAAGUGAUAACUAACCUCGCUAGCAAUGCCACCAUAUGUUCUCUUUAUCUUCCAUACUUCAACUAAUAUUCACAAAGAAUUAUUGCGUUCGUCAUAUUAUAUUAUAUGGCAUCUCGCAUAACACCUGCACUGAAAGCAGCAGAAUUUGACGCUUGUCGAAAAUUCACGCGCUUCGCUAUCACAAAGACCAGCACUACUCCCAUGGCUAGCAACACAAUCUCACGCCUUCUUGGCCGCUAUAAAAAUAGUGAUUCUCGUAGCGCUACCUCGUUGCAGUCCCCGAAUAUCUCACACUUCAGCAAAGAACCUGAUCUCACGCCCAAGUAUCAAAACUGGCAUGAAUUCAACCCAUCCACCCAAAGAUGGAGCUGUAUAGAUGCAACAUCCUCUUAUCACGCAUCAUCCACUCCCCAGGCUACUGACCAUGACACAAACCUUGUCCUCGCGACAUGGAAUAUAGACGCCGGCGAAGCCCUGCCCCAACCCCGCACUUCAGCCAUCCUCUCUCACCUCAGCAACCUCACCCCAUCACCUGACAUCAUCUUCCUACAAGAAGUCUCACGGCCCUCGCUCGAAUUACUCUUAGGCGACGAGAGGAUCCGCGAAUCAUGGUUUUCAAGCGAGCCGGACUCGAAAAACUGGGGCGGGCAGAUAUUCGCAACGAUGACGCUUCUUUCCAAAGCGCGGUUCUCGGGGAGAGCGAGGAUGGGGCCUGUGUGGAGAGUUAAAUUCCAGAGUAAGUUUGGAAGAGAUGCGUUGUGUUGCGAUAUUUUCCUGCCAGAUCCGGGAUCAGCUUCUGGAGAAGAGGGGGAUGAGAAGUGCGUUCGACUGGUUAACGUGCAUCUCGACUCCCUGGCGAUAGUACCUUCUUGUCGCCCGCAUCAACUCGCCACUAUGGCAUCUAGUCUCCGCAGUGCAGAGCGCGGGAUCAUCGCUGGGGACUUCAACCCGGUGUUGCCAGAGGAUAAAACGCUAGUCGAGGAGAAUGGACUUGUCGAUGCGUGGCACGAGCUGAGAAAGGGGGAGGAUGGAUUUACGUGGGGCAUAGAUGGAAAAGCAUCGUACCCACCAAAUAGGAUGGAUAAGGUUGCGCUGCUUGGGCUUGUGGUGCGGGAUAUUGAGGUUAUGGAUUCGGGAACUGUUGUGGAGCCAGGCGGGCGGGACGUGGGACAGGGAGGUGGGAGGAUACUACCUUGGAGCGAUCAUUCAGGUCUGAGAUGCACUUUUGGGCUGGCUUGA